CGAAAUAACGCAGUCCGUACCUCGGUUCUCAACGGAACGGACGCGUCGCGCCGCGUUGUGGCGAACUCGCUUCCGAACUCACAAUCGAACGAUAUCUAGGACUGAUCCUUACAAGGCGACAGGAUAGUGCCCCGUGAUUCGAAUGCCGAUUACAAGAACAAUACUAGUGACGCCAUUAAAAUAACAAUAGAUGACAUUACGGUCAGUGUUAAAGGUAGUUAAGGGAAAACUGGAAAUGGACUAAUUGGAAGUGAUUAUACAAUAGUGAAUUACGAUUGUUCAUACCGACCUUGUGAUGUUUAAUCGGGCGUAAAAUACAAUUUUAAUUGUGCAGGUGAUUUUACCAUUGAUAAUGACGCUAGUGAUGUAGACAAUGAUGACGACUCCAUAAAUACUAUACAUUUUGGAAAGUUCAAUGGAAUUCUAAGUUUGAAAUUUGAAAAUGACGAUGUUGGCGGUGAAGAACUUCUUCAUGCCCGAAAAGAGGGUUGAUUCCCCGAGGUUCUCCAGGAUGCCUGAGGCUUUAAUGAGGUCUAUAAGGAGGAGAUCGCUCAGGGUGAAGCGAACCAAAUCAUUGGUGCUUGUUAACGAAAAACGGAAAUCUGAUUCCUUCGUGAACAGCCAAGAAUGGACAGCAGCGAGAGGAGUGACAGAGUUACGGGUUGGUGUUCUCGGCUCUCCUGACAGCGGAAAAUCUGCUCUGGUUCAUCGGUAUUUAACUGGCGCUUAUAUGCAGGAGGAGAGUCCUGAAGGUGGUCGUUUCAAAAAGGAAGUGAUCAUCGACGGUCACAGCUACCUGCUGCUCAUCAGGGAUGAGGGCGGGCCCCCUGAGAUGCAGUUCACAGCCUGGGUGGAUGCUGUAAUCUUCGUAUUCAGCUUGGAAAACGAAAUUAGCUACAACACGGUGUCCAAUUACUUCAAUAAGAUGUCCCAUUAUCGCAAUUCCGCAGAAAUACCGAUCAUAUUGGUCGGGACCCAAGAUGCCAUAAGUGAAAGUAGUCCACGCGUCGUGGACGACAACCGCGCUCGCAAGCUGUCGAACGAACUGCGAAGAUGCUCUUACUACGAGACGUGUGCUACGUAUGGCCUCAACGUCGAACGGGUAUUCCAAGAUGCAUGUCAGAAAAUCGUGGGGACACGGCUUUCGGCGUCUUCCCAAUGUCUGUCGGGAUCCAGACCGGUGACGCCUCAACCUUUGGCAAAUUCUCCAAGUCACAAUCACUCAUCAUUCCUUUACAAGGAUUCUCUUCCGCGCGGCCACCACACCCUGUCCGCUUCAUCACAUCACCUCCACCGAGGCGCUCAGUCCUUCGAUGCGUCUUCAAACAGCAGCGGAAUCUCCUCCACACAUGUCGUCGAAAUCCACAGCACCAACGGAUCAGACACAUCUUCACGAUGGGGGAACUCCCUAGGAAGCCACGGGUCUUCAUCAGGCCUCGUCUCCAUAGCAACGGAGAACAACAACGUCAAAUUCACAGCGUCGCACUGUCUCGACAACCUGCAACCUGUUAAGGACUCCAAAGAUUUACCGACACCUUCAUCCACGCCUACGACUUCAAGGAAAUCUAGGCGAAGAUCUAACCUGUUCACGCCAUCGAAGAAAGGUGAUGAUAGACUGAAGAAUGGUGAGCUGGGGUCAGGCAGGGCGAUUCCCCUGAAGCAGGGUUAUCUGUACAAAAAGAGCAGCAAAGCUCUGAAUAAGGAGUGGAAAAAGAAAUAUGUGACGUUGUGCGAUGAUGGACGGCUGACGUACCACCCGAGUUUGCAUGAUUAUAUGGAAGACGUAAACGGCAAAGAGAUCUCCUUGCAGUAUGUGACAGUGAAGGUACCAGGUCAGAAACCAAGAGGCUCCAAGUCCAUCAUCACGACGGUUCCAGGUUAUAAUGCAUAUACCAGUUUGGAUAUACACGAUAGUAUUGGAGGGUUGUCACUCGGUUACAAAGACAAGCCACAACGCGCCACAGACAAGGCGUUGAUGUCAGCGUUCGAUACUAUGAAGGAGCCGGCCUCCAGUCGCCAGUCCGUGGCUUCUGAGGCGGAAUUGGCCAAUGGGGGGGAUAAGGACACUCCGCAUGUGAAGAAACGACAUCGACGGAUGAAGAGUAGCGGGGUUAAGAAGGAUGGGGAUGAAGACGGCGAGCCAGCAAGCUCGUGCGAGUUCACGAUCGUGAGCCUGGACGGGAAGCGCUGGCGCUGGGAGGUGCCGGCGGGCGCGGGCUCGCCUGGACUCGCCGCCGCCGACCGCGACGCCUGGGUCGCGUGUGUCGAGGCGCAGAUCCUCGCCUCGCUGCAGGGGCGGACUUCCCGCCAACCAGCGCCAACGGGCGCCAACAGCACCGGCGACGUGAGAGCUACGUACUACAUCAGGCGAGUGAAGGGCAACGACAUAUGCUGCGACUGCGCCGCUCCAGACCCAGACUGGGCGAGUCUUAACCUCGGCGUGUUGAUCUGCAUAGAAUGUUCGGGAAUACACAGGAAUCUAGGGUCGCAUAUAUCACGUGUGCGGUCUUUGGACCUCGACGAAUGGCCUCUGAGCCACGUCAGCGUGAUGGUGUCGAUGGGCAACACUCUGGCGAAUUCAAUAUGGGAAGCUGAUCUCAGGGGACACAUCAAGCCAAUUGCCACCUCCAGCAGGGAAGAAAAGGAAAGGUGGAUCCGUCUAAAAUACGAGCGCCGUUCGUUCCUGUCGGCCCACGAGGUGUCAACUGGCCCCGAGGCGCUGCGCACGGCCGCGUCGCGCGGGGCCAUCUCGUCCCUCGCGCGGAUGCUGGCCGCGUCCCCCCCCCGCGCGCCCGCGCCCCACGACAAAGCUUUAGCGCUACGUGCUGCGUCCGCGGCUGGACAACUGGCGGCCGCGCAGCUGCUUAUAUGGCACAACGGCAACCCCAACUUCCCGGACGCGGACGGGCACGGCUGCGUGUUCUACGCGCGCGCGGCCGCGAACCACCUCGCGGGCAUCGCGCCGCGCGCGCCCGCGCUGCCGCAGCUGGCGCCGUGUCCGCUGCAUCCGCAGCCCAGCGCCAGCUCUGGCACUAACUCCACAAGCUCGUCGUCGAGCGCAAAGAGCAACAAUCAAAUCAAAAACCCCGAACCUGAGUGCAACUGCAUAAUAUUCGAGCUGCUCAACACUCAGAGCGCUUCCAACGCGUUAGUAGAACUACUAAUAGGACUACAGAACAACCAAUACAUGAACGGGUACGAGAACAACAGUAUCACCAGCUCUUUCAGUCACGGAACCCUUGGUAGGCCUUCUCUGGGCCCCAAUCUGUCGCUGACGAACGGAAAAUGCGGCAGCAUCGUCUAAAUGUCGAAAUUUUAGCUCGUCUGUUACAUACGUAAUUUGUAUUUACGAAAAAAUUGUGACUGAAACCUUAGAGAGAAUUAUAUAGUUACCAUUCUAGUUAAAAACGACAAUUUGACGUUUUGAACGUGGCGUGCGACUGUUGUGUUCGCAGUUGAUUUUUGAAGUGUUUGACAUAAUAAUUUAGCACCUUGCGGUUUGAGCUGUGUUUAGUGUGCCCAAGUCUUUAUAAUGUCUGUGAUAAAAAACUGCCAAAAAAGGUGUCGGUAGUGAGCAAAAAUACAUUUUGUCAUAUUCAGACGUCAGUGGCGUAGUGGUCACCACGCCAGCCCGCUAUCUGGAAGUCCUGGGUUCGAUUCCCAGCGCGGACGAUAAUUGUACCUGUCACAUCACAUAGAUUUGUUUGCGAUUCUGGGUGUGUUGAAACCGAUUCUGUGUGAACCGCGAUUCAAGCUUAGUGAGGUGGUUGAGUGUUGAAAUUGUGUCACUUUCGGAAAUUGUCUAUUUUACAAUAGACGUAUCAGGAAGUUUUCGCUCUCAGCAUGAGGGUUAUAAUUUUGUCAAACAACACUUUAUCGAGAGUGUAAAACAAGUCUCCGUUUUAUUUGAAUAGUAAGUAAUAUUUCAACAUUUUUACAUUACAACUUAAACCACCUUAAAAUAAUUCUGCCGGUAGAUUAAAAAAAACAGUGCAAUAGACAAGGAUAGACAGAUAUAGGCCUUAUUUGGCAGUUUUUAUAAUCACUUGACGGGAAUGUGCAAAAGAGAGGUGCAGUUUAUUAGACGACUUUCGUCUCUGUCCGAUGAUGUUGGGUGAUUUCGGAAAUUACAUAUUCCAUACUACAGAAUCCAGUGGCUCUCUACGAAAGUUCACAUUUUUGUACUAUUAUUUUUAAUUGUAAAUAACGUUAUUUAAAAAAUAUAUCUGUUAUGUAAAUUCGUUUCCAUUUAUUUGUAUAAAAAUAUGUUUGUAAAUAUUUUUUGUGUGAUUAUUUUAUUUUUGCGCGCCAUAUUACCAUUUUUACAGAGUAUCAGAGGAUACCAUAUUUUAUUGCGUCAAAUUCACAUAUGACGUCGAAAGAUAUACAUUUUAAUAUUCAAAUUUUACGACUGGUACAAUGUGAAUGAUAAUGUUUCAUUCACAAUUUGAAGUAUUCAUCGAAAUUAUAUGUCAAUUUACAAUCAAUGUGUUUGCCCGGGCAAUUUAGAUAAUUAUUAAUUCGAUUUUCCAAUUUAAUUUUAUGUUGCUACAAAAUUACGCUUUUGGUGAAUUCCGGACAAGUGUUAAUGUCGAAUUAAUCAUUCUGUCUGUCUCACUAGAAGCGAGUGAUUGUAAUAAAUUGUUACUGAGGUACCUAUAAAUGACAUAUGGGCAAUAAACAUGUCAAACACAACAAAUGUGAAAGUGUGUUUGUCCAUGUCCUUGAUCUAACGUGAUGUUGACUUAGUAAAAUAACCUUAUAAUACAUAGAGAAUAGAGAGAAAGUAAAUAGGGUUUAACGCGCAAUAGACAAAUAAAUAAUGACAAAAUUUAAGAGAUGCUGUGUCAAACGAUAUUUUAGAAUUACUAUUCUGAAAUCACAGGCAUGCUUGAUCUUACUCUUGCUACUAUAAGCAGAUUUUACCGAAAAAAACAGGUGAUAACCGGUUCAAUGCGGACCCAAAAACCAUAACGUUAGGUACGUAAUAGGUAUACAAUAAAUUAUUAAUGAAUUAGUUCAAGAUCUCAGCUCAAUGCUAAAGUAGAGUAAUUUAGGGUAAUUGUUUUAGUGUUAAUUAUUGUGCUUACCCUUCAUCCCUUGGGUGUGCUGAAUCCCUGAUUCUUUCAAUUUUUUAUUGGUGUAUUUAUGUGGUUUUAAAUAAAUUGUUUAGAUAAUAAUUGAUAGAGGUAAUCUGAAUGCCAAAUAGUUCCACUAUAAAGAUAUGAAUUGUGUUAGCAAUCUUAAGUCUUAUUUCAAACACAUACAUAAUACACGUACACUGACGUGUAUAAUCACAACAUUGUUUUUAUUUUAAAAUAUUACGAGUCUACUUACAAUUUUAAUUUAUUUAUUAAGGUAGCUAUUUAUUAGUUAAUGGUAGCUAAUUUAUUAAAUUUUUCAGGCGUUUUGUGAAAUAAAACCGUUUGAUUCACAACGAAUCAUGGACGUAACAUUCCAUUGCGUACCCAAGGGUCUGAUAUUAAUAGUCGAUGUGAUAUUCCUAAGGUUUCCCAUGGUAGUUUUAGCUAAAGCGAAGUGCAUUUCGAUACUACAAUCAAUAUCACCCCUUCUCACUUUCAUAAUAAGGUCGAUUUUUAUCUUGAAUCUCAUGGAAGAAAAGUGUUGACCGAAUAUGGUAAUGUUGUGAAUAGUUCUUCAAUGCAUUUCGCGUUAUGCUACAACCAUUUUAAACCAAAUGUACUGAACCCCCCUGUGCCUAUUUAGGUAGUUCGCUUUAAAACCAAAUAAUAGAUUGCCAGUCUGCAAAAUAAGAGUAUUUAAAAACAAAAUGGCUCCCAAUCUAUUAUAGGUAUUUUCCGAUAUAGAAUUCUUAUGCAGUCUGUUGCAUGUUUAGAUUAAUGUUGCGUUAAAUUUAGUUCUUUAUAGUAGACGGUUUUUGGUGCAUAUCGCGAGGUUAUGUUGUGAAUAUUUUGUGCUUCAGUUUGCAAUUGACUUAUUUAAAAAUCUUUAUUGAACAAAAUAACAAAAGGCGGACUUAACGCCAUAUUGCAUUCACUACCGAUCAGUCAUUAGACCAAACAGAUUAGAAUUUAAUGUUAUUUCCAGUAAUUAAAUUAUUUGUUUCAAAUCUCUGAAAGUUGAUACUAAAACGUCACAAUACAACGUAAAUUUUAAUUUUAUUUGUCUAAACAGAAAAGACUUUAACUUAUAUUAAUAUUCGCGAUAUAUCUUAUCAAUAUGUAUUACCUUAGGUACAUUAGUUUUGUACUGAAUCGUGCUUGACAUACAAUUCUUUGAGACUUAAUUUUGUAACGAUACAUCACAUUUUUAAUAUUUUAAUAAUUUAUUUCGCAUCUUAUUACAUGUUUGUAUGAUUAAAUCUCUAUUUUUCCUAUUAGAAAUGUUUGCUAGUUCAAGUUUAUUCAUAUAUAUGUAAUUGUAUAUUUCUUCUCAAUUCGAAAUCCUCGCAUCGAAGGCGUGAUUCGUUUAUAUAUAUAUUACGUUUUUAUAAGAUCAUGUUUUGUAUCAUCAUCAUACAAUAUCAAAUGCUGAAAAGUGAACCAGGGACGAAACAAUAUUAUUGCAAUUAAAUCGAUUUAAAAUAAAAGGGCAAAUUCUAUGAACCAUUUAAACGUUUUUUUAUAAUUUUGAUUAAACUGAAAAAUAUUGAUAUGUCUCCUUGCUUCAUUGUCAUUACGACGCUCACAAGUCAGCCAUCCAUCUGUCAUCAUCAUAUUUACGCGUCGUCGUAAUUUUGGCGCGCUUUUAAUACUAAAUAUUCUUAUGUCUGCCGCGCUUCCGAUGCGAGGAUUGCUUAAAAUGAUUAAGUUAUAUGUAAAUUUUAGCAAUAAAUCAUUUACCGACAUCAGUAUUGGAAUAUAAUGUAUAGAUUGCACAUGAGGAUAUUACCGCACGUAUAUCUGUAUAAUUUGUAUUUUUAAUAAUUUUACUGUUGAAAUUUUAUUGCUAAUUUUAAAUUCGUUACAUUCACUUUGGUUCACAAUUUUAUUUAGAUUAUUUUUGUAAUAAUGUUUUAUUUUGUGUAUAUUAUUUGUACAGGCCAAAGAGCUUAACUGUAAAUAUACAGCUACCAGUUUUAGCUGUCCUUAAUUAGUGUUUCGUUAUUGUAAUUUUUAAGAGAUUUGUUGAUGUUCUUAAUCUUGUGAAAAUAAAGUGUAAUUUGAACACGA